CCUCCUUCCUCUGUAAUAUCAUGUGAGGUUUAUCUGCCCAGUCUAAUACUUCUGCGCCUCUUAUGAUUCAAUGAUUACUGAUUCACCUCCUCAAAAUAUGGACUACAGCAAUGUGACUCAGAAAGCAAGAAACGGGACAGAUUUUAACAGUGUGUUCACACGGCAGGUUUUGCCUUUAUUCUACUCCAUCAUCUGUGUUUGUGCGUUUAUACUCAAUGGAUUUGCUGCUUGGAUUUUCUUCAGAGUUCAAAGCUCCUCAGUCUUGGUGGUUUACCUAAAAAACAUGGUGGUGGCUGACAUUCUGAUGCUCUUCACAUACCCCUGGCGUGUGGCGAGUGACCUGGGUUACGGUGACUUGCAGUUAAAACUCAUAGUUUGCCGCUACACUGCUGUACUUUUCUACUUAAGCAUGUACACUGGAAUCGUAUUCAUGUGCCUUAUCAGUUUGGAACGUUAUUUAAAAAUCGUCUGCGGCACGUCAAGCGUAUCGUCCCUUCUACAACGUGUGACUGUGGGAAAGGUUCUGGCGCUCUUAGCAUGGAUUGUUAUGAUCAUCUGUAUGUUGCCAAACUCCAUAUUAACCAACCAGCCCAUUCCUGAGGAUUAUUCCUGCAUGGCCCUAAAAAGUUCACUGGGUCAACGCUGGCAUGAAAUUUCUGUCCAUUUUAAUGUCGGAGUCUUCUGGGUGGCCUUCCUGUUGAUCAUGUUUUGCUACACCUCUAUAGCAUGUCAUGUGUACCGCUCCUACAAAAGGGUGCAACAGGACUGCAGCAGGGCCGGACGACGGUCAAAUCGAAGCAUCUUCAGCUUGCUGGCUGUAUUUGUUUUGUGCUUCGUACCAUAUCACAUUUGUCGUGUGCCCUACACACUCAGCCAAAGGCCCGGGGCUGGUUUUAGCAUGCACAACCGUUUUAUUCUCUUCCAGAUGAAAGAGGCCACACUCUUCCUGUCUGCCCUUAAUGUUUGUCUGGAUCCCGUCAUUUACUUCUUUAUGUGCAGAACAUUCAGAGAGUCACUUUUGCAAAAGAUGCCUUCCGUAAAUGUUGAAAACAGAAGGCCUUCUAUCGGGACCGGACUGAGCAUCAGUAAUCUGUAAAAAGAAAGUUAAAGGAAAAGAGAGUUUGAUAAAAACACGUGGUUUUAACACUUGCGAAACGAAUAGCAAGAAAGGGGUGACAUUUGAAAGGAAAUGUCACACGGAAAUGUGGUGUACAAAACCACAAAGAUGAAAAAACACAUGUUCUUCAGAAUUAGAUUGUGCUGAAAAAUCUCAUCUAGGUUUCUGAGUAAGAUCUCACUUGUUUUAUAUGGUCUACAUGUACUUAAAAUAUCUUUGUCUGCUUAAAAAUGUUUGAUAAUGGCUAUCAUACAUUUUUACCAUGAUUUACAGAAGAUGCUUACAAAAUAUCAUACAUUUGAACAGUCAUAUUUAUAAAAUACAUAUAUAUAUAUAUAUAUAUAUAUAUAUAUGUAUAUUAGUGGUGGGCAUAGAUUAUUUUUUUUAAUCUAGAUUAAUCUAGAUUAAUUCCAAGAUUAAUCUAGAUAAAUCUAGAUUAAAAUGGCUCAUUUGAAUUCUGCCGAAGACAUUCAGAAUAUGUGUGCUACCCAAAUAAUGACUAAAAGUAAGUCUUUGAGAACGGGUUUCUCAAGCCAGGUGGCGCAUUAGACCAGGGGCUCAUCUCCUGUUUCCAAAAUGCAUCACAAACUGCUUGAGAAAGCUGUUCUACUAUGAUAAUUGGUGAUGAAAAUUAAAUUAUGUUCAAUAAGAUGAACUUGUGUUUACUUCCGCAUUAGCUAAGGGAUGAUUUGCGUUUAGGUGGUACUUGAGACUGGAAGAGCUCCUACAGUACAUUUACAUUUAGUCAUUUAGCAGACGCUUUUAUCCAAAGCGAUUUACAAAGAGUGAGGGAGCAACAAGCGAUAUGUCAUACAGGAGCCAUAAUACAUUAGAUCUCAAUACAAAGUUACUGGUUUCAACUAAAGCUAGACCACUACCUGUUGAGAGAAAGUGUUUUUUUUAAACCAAUUCCGCAUUGCACAAGGUGCAAACAACCUUAGUCUUGUCGAUGUUUCUAUUGGGAAGCUUCUUAAAAAUGUAUUUUCCCUGAAGCAAACCCGGCGGCUUCAUAGCUGCAUCCAUGUUAGCACGUCACGUUUGAUGCGGUAAUUUCACAGUAACGUUAUGUUGUGUUCAGACCAAACGCGAAUGGCGCGUCAAGCGCGAGUGAUUUAUAUGUUAAUGCAAAGAGCCAAUAGACCUACUUGCUGCGCGAAUUGCGCGAAUGAAGCCCUGGUUAUGAGAUGAUGAGGCGGCUUCUGCUUCCGCGAAUGACGCGAAUCACGUGAGUUGAAAAAUCUUGUUCUCGCCCCGUACAGUGCAGUUAAGCUGGUAUACAUCCGCGCUAAAAUAUCAAGGUGAAAGUCAUCAUAGCUUGCGUAGUAUAGACCCAGCUCCCAACCCAACUUUGAGAAUAGAUUAACGGCGACAUUUUUUUUAUCGCGCGAUAAGAGUCUCACUGCAACGCCGUUAACGACCCACCACUAAUGUAUAUAUAUAUAUAUAUAUAUAUAUAUAUAUAUAUAUAUAUAUAUAUAUAGUAUAUAUUUGUGUUUAAAUAUUUAGAACAACCAACAAUAUUUAAGGGGUUUAGUUAAAAACCCAUUUACUUUCUCAAACCACUGUGUUUAACCCAUUUGUCAGAAAGGAAUGUAAGUAAAAUCACAUUUUCAUUUAUGUAUUUAAUAAGUAGAGGUCAGAGUUUGUAGUUUCAUUUUAUACAAAAAAUAUGAGUUAAACUGAGGGACCUUGAUUUGUUUGCUGAAUGAGUGUAUUUGUAUUCUCAUUGUUUGUAUUAUGGCAUUAUUUUAAGUAGUAGUCUGUAAUGUUACAUUGUGAUAUAACAAUGACAGAUUUGCACAUAAAACAAUUGACAUGAAUAUAAAAUUACUGAGAUGGAUUUCAACUUUCAACUAUAUGAAUAUAUUGCUAACAUAAAUUACAUGAUAUCAUGAUCCUCUCUUAAUCUCAAGGUUAACGCUCACUUUUGUGGCACAUGGGAGAUGGGUUUUCUAUCUAGAAAUAGUGGUAAGCUAUUAAUUUAAAGACCAAUUGUGGUGAAAAUCAAGUUUUUAUCAGGGGUGUUUUAAUAUCAAGUUUUUAUGAGGGGUGUUUUAAUAUCAAGUUUUUAUGAGGGGUGUUUUAAUAUGCAUUAACACAAACCGUGUGUAAAUUUAUACUUUUAAACAAUUGCUGAGUAUUUUCUACAUAAAACAGUUUAACAAAGAUAGUCUAAAAUGCGGUUUUAAACUCUCCCACUAAAUAUGUCAUAAACCUGUAACCAAUCACAUCAACUUGUGACCCCUGAGGAUCAGCAGUUUGAGGGAUAAAUAUGCAAAGAUGGCGCAUAGAUUCGGGCAAAAAUUAUUCCUGCAUUGCUGUGUCAGCUCUCCGCUUAACUUUUAGUUUCACUUUCAGUUAAAGCAGCAUCUGGAACAACCCUGCGAUUGAUUGGAGACAGAGCUAAUUUGGACAUUCAUGAAUCUACGUAUACUUAUAUAAAGCUGAAGUGAAUUUAUAUUCAAGUUAUUUUAAAGCAGGAAGUUUUAUUUUCACAGGAAAAAAGCAUUUAAGUACGUAAUGAUUCGUUUUAAGAGAUAAAAUUGUCGACAACAUUGCGACUUUAACGACUGCAGUCUGCAAAGCCCUAACCACUGUACAGAGUCUGCAUUUGCAUUUUGGAAGUACCUAUAGCACCUUUGUAGAUGUUUGUUGACAUCUAAAAUAGGCAACAUAUCCGCCAACCCAUUCGACUCCAAGUUAUUUAUCACUUUCCCGACAUAUGGGAGAUGUGUUGCACUGCGUGAGGCAAAUGGUGGUCACACAAGAUACUGACUGGUUUUCAGACCCCCCGGAUCCCCCCACAACAGCAAAACUGCACAUUUUAGAGUUGCCUUUUAUUGUGGCCAGCCUAAGGCACACCUGUGCAAUAACCAUGCUGUCUAAUCAGCAUCUUGAUAUGCCACACCUGUGAGGUGGAUGGAAUAUCUCGGCAAAGGAGAAGUGAUCACUUACACAGAUUUAGACAGAUUUGGGGAUGAAUAUUUGAGAGAAAUAGCUCAUUUGUGUACAUCUUAGACCUUUGACUUCAGCGUCUGCAAAAUGGGAUGAAAACAAAAGUGUUGCGUUUAUAAUUUUGGUCAGUGUUUAUUGGUGUUUAUGGAACUCUGUUUGUAAUCCGUAUUAAAAAACACAAUCAACACAUUUUUUUUAUAAAGAAACUGUCAAUAAAAAUGAUCAUAUAUAUGUUCUAAAAUAAUCCCGAAAUGCUUUGGUGUACUGACAGUGCCAAGAUAGUGCAGUACUCUUCUCUCUUGCAUAUUACAUUUUUAAUGUGCAAUAUGUUGUCGUCAUCCAUUCAUUAAAGACUCGUUCAGAUAUAA